ACACGAAACUGAACCACGUGACCAAUGGGGAUUGGAAGAGUAGACGAGAAGAAGAAGAAGAAAAAAACAAAAAAAAAAACAAACCCUGCUUUACAUGAAACACAAACUGGUAGUGCAGUCGAGGAUGAGGUUUUGGUACAGGAGGAUCCAUUCUUUCUCACUUGUACGGAAAACCUCCUUUUUCUUUCUCAGCAUGUUACCUGUCACUUUCUUCGGACUAAACCAUUUGUGGCAGUUUCGUUUUUGACAAGGUGAGGCGGAAGCAGUGUGGUUCAUUCGCAAGGAACCAACCUGCUCGAUCUUUCCCGUUUUUGCUGUGACCACCUGAAAAAACAGCCGAAAAAGCUGUUCGAGGAGGGACGAGAAAUCCACGCAGUGAAUGUUGGACCUAAUGAAAUGGACCCAAGCUGACGCCCCAGAGUCCCAGUCUGCCCUCACUCGGCCCUGCUGGUCACGGGUAGAGAUGGAAGCAUAUCUGGAUGUGAUGGCCAGUCCUGGAGCUGUGCUCGGGAGUUUUUUACUCCUAGUACUGAGCAGUAAUCCUGCAUGGGGAAAUUAUACCACCCUUGCAAGUGACGCCCAUUCUAAUUACACUGCCGGGCCCAACAUUGCAGCUAUCGUGGCCCCUACGGUCACUCUGGGUGUUCUGGCCAUAGUCUUGGCUGUUCUCGCCUGGCUCUUCUGUGUGGUGAAAAAGAAGAGGCAGACCGAAGGGACGUACAGACCCAGUGCUGAGGAACAGUCUGGUGCACGCAGCGUGGCGGCGCCAGAUGCGCUAAAGCUACCAAAAGAGGAGAGACUCAUUUGAGAUGUAGUGCUUUAUGUUCUAAUAAAAUCCUGUAAGGGUUCGGGCUGCGAAAAUGUGCAUGGCAGCGCUCCUGUGUGACGAGGCUCUCUCCCCUGAGCUUAUCUUUGAGAGAAAAAUCUUCCAGGCUUACGAGAGGACAGAGUGCCAUUUCUGAGGCACCAUGACAUGAUUCAUUCACUCACCGCUACAUUUCAGCAAGCACUGAAUGGUCCCUCUAUGAGGAGAAGCACGUGGAUGUAUCUUCCAGUGGGUUCUAAGACAACAAUUGAACAUUUCAAGGAGGUUUUGAACAUUUCUUCUGCACAAGUGAAACAGGAACUACAGUAUUUUACUACCACUAACAAUUUUAGUUUUGACAUGUUUUUGUUGUUUCAGUUGCCUCAAUAUUCAAUUUACCAUGUUCCUGUCUGAUUUGAUUCAUUCUAUUAUGAAAUACUAUCACCGGUAAAAUCUACACUGAUCUUUUACCUCAGAUGAUUUUGAUUUUUUUUCCCCCCAGAGAGCCCCGAUGAGUCCAUUGCAUUUGAAAGUGAUAUUCUUUUUAGUCUAACAAGUGGUGUAAUCAAACAUCUUAUCACAGUGCAAAAGCUCUUGAUUGUAAGGAAUGUGCUGUGUGAUAAAAAUGAGGUUAUACUGGGGAAUUAUACCCAGCAUAAGCAAACAGUUGUUUACACUUUAGGUUUUCUCUGAAUAAUCAUACAAAAGUAAAAUUGCAUUAUUUAAAAUUUCUCACUUCAUCAGAUCAACCAAGCUGCACGUAAGGCAUUGUAAUCAAGCAGAGAUGUUUACAGCGCCACGGCAUAUUUAUUACUGCUUUUGUCAAAUAAAUAAUGUGUUUGUAUAAAAAUUGAGUAAUUAAAACUUAAAGAACAAUUUCAAAGUCCUUGCAGGGACAUCGUCCUCUUCUAAGUUACACGUUUCUUAAAAAUACAUAAUGUUGCUAAAGGUAUGAUUAUACUCAGAGUAUGCAAUCCCAGUCAAAAUAAGGUUUUGUUAUGAAGCAGUGGAACAUUUAAUAACUUAGUUAAGCACCUUCAUGGGCAACGAGCCAAAAUUAGAGGCCUAAAAAUUCUAGGCAGUAUUGGGAAAAAUAGAAACAAGUCCAUAACUAUGUAUUUGUUUAGGGAGUGUUCUGCGAUGAUAAAACAACAUGGCAGAUAAGCAGCCCUGACAGAGAGUGAAAAGUUCAGCCCCUCAGAACCUGAGAAAGUCACUUACACACUGAAGCCAUUGUUAGUCUCUCUUGGAAAAAAGGUUAUCUAUAAUGUCAUGAAAAAUUGUCGAGUGAGUCUAAUCUUUUAUUCUUUAAUUAAUCAAAGUACUUGGAAACUAGAUGAAAGGUAACAUCAUUUAACCCUGACUUGUGCCAUUAACACAUAUGUUUUCUGGUUCUUAAUGGAUUCAGCAUGUUAAAUAACACUGUCAUCUAAAUAAGUUUCGACCAAUAAUGAGCUUGUUGUUCAUGACAUACAUUAAGAUAAAGCACGGGAGGGAUCCCCUCAAAUCAACUUUAUUUUAAAGCUCAGAAGUGAAAUGACUUAGAGAACACAUAAAAGGCACAAUUUCUUUAAUUUUUUUAAAAAGAAUAAAUAUUAAAGUAUU